AUGACUAAGCUGGAAGAUUACCUGGAGGGAAUCAUCAACAUCUUCCACCAGUACUCUGUUCGGCUGGGGGAUUCCGAUACCCUCAUCAAGAGUGAGCUGAAGCAGCUGAUCACAAAGGAACUUCCCAACACCCUCAAGAAUACCAAAGAUCAACCUGCCAUUGACAAAAUAUUCCAAGAGCUGGAUGCCAAUAAAGAUGGACAGGUCAACUUUGAGGAAUUCAUAGUCCUGGUGUCCAGGGUGCUGAAGACGGCCCACGACGAUAUCCACAAAGAGUAG